CAAAAACGGCCCCCCCUAUUGUCACGUCUUGUCUUAGGUUAGCGUAAGCUUCAUAUCAGGUUAAGGAAGUGUAUACUUACUGCUGCUUUAAUUGUUCUGUAACGAUCAUGGAAGCUGAAAUUAAACACGAACCUGUUAUAAUUGAUGGCUACGAAUUGGUUGAUGCCGGUUUUUACAACGAUUCCAGCCUUAACCAAGGACGCGCAAACGUAGCUAGUUCUCCAAAGAAACCUCAACAAAUUGAUAAGGCUGUGCAAGACAUUUACGUACCCAGUGAAACGGAGUUCCCGAACGAAGAAAUGCAACUGCUACUUCACCAGUGGGGCUUAGAAAUCCUAGCGGAUAGAUUUACUCAAAAUUUAAUCGACGUGAGCCUAUUGGAUUACAUUCUCGAUGUAGAUAUAAUUGAUCUCUGUAAGGAUUUGCCUAUGCGAUAUAGGUUAAUAUUGAGACGCAAUCUUCAGCAAAAGUGUUACAAAAGGCAGACAGGUGUGACUGACAGCUCAGAGGCUGAUGGUAAAUACAAUAAUAAAACGGAUGUACAUGCUACCGGAGAUCCUACUAUUAAACUAAACGCCUGCCGGGAACCAUCUCCACAAUUAGUCGUUCCAUACUCCGAGCUAACUGUUCCUGCACAGUCGGAUCCCAAAUCAAAACAAAAUGUGAAUAUGACGGCAAUACUGCAUGACUAUCCAGACUGCGAACGACCAUUAAGAAACCGUGAAACACUUGUUGAAAUUUGUCAAUGGCACGAGUCGGGCCGAAAAUUUCUCGAACAAUACCGAAUAGAAAAUGGCAAAAGGAUAUAUUCAGCAGACUCACGUAAAUACAUCAAAACUGCUCUCGUCGAAUACUUUUUCAAAAGUGGGAAAGGUCGUAUUACGGAUCAAAACUUUACUACAAUGGUUCAAAUAAUACUAGACGAGCUGCCAGACGAAGAUCCACGAAUCUGGUACAUACCACCAUCGGGUGGUUUGACAGCAGGGGGUUUGCUUUUCGCGCGAUACAAAUAUCUGAUGCCAAAAAAUAAACAAUUUCAUGUGCAGAAAAGUGAUCCAGUGGUACCACACGCUACAGCAGUAUUUAAACAAGAGGAACGUCACUGGAAGGGACUCUCAAAGGAAGCGCAACUAGAUUGUUCAGUUGCGACUGACAGCUCAGAGGCUGAUGGUAGAUACAAUAAUAAAACGGAUGUACAUGCUACCGGAGAUCCUACUAUUAAACUAAACGCCUGCCGGGAACCAUCUCCACAAUUAGUCGUUCCAUACUCCGAGCUAACUGUUCCUGCACAGUCGGAUCCCAAAUCAAAACAAAAUGUGAAUAUGACGGCAAUACUGCAUGACUAUCCAGACUGCGAACGACCAUUAAGAAACCGUGAAACACUUGUUGAAAUUUGUCAAUGGCACGAGUCGGGCCGAAAAUUUCUCGAACAAUACCGAAUAGAAAAUGGCAAAAGGAUAUAUUCAGCAGACUCACGUAAAUACAUCAAAACUGCUCUCGUCGAAUACUUUUUCAAAAGUGGGAAAGGUCGUAUUACGGAUCAAAACUUUACUACAAUGGUUCAAAUAAUACUAGACGAGCUGCCAGACGAAGAUCCACGAAUCUGGUACAUACCACCAUCGGGUGGUUUGACAGCAGGGGGUUUGCUUUUCGCGCGAUACAAAUAUCUGAUGCCAAAAAAUAAACAAUUUCAUGUGCAGAAAAGUGAUCCAGUGGUACCACACGCUACAGCAGUAUUUAAACAAGAGGAACGUCACUGGAAGGGACUCUCAAAGGAAGCGCAACUAGAUUGUUCAGUUGCGAAGCGAAAAUUGAAAAAAUGCAGCAAUAUGAACAGAGCUGAUAUAAUUACUGCCUGGAAAGAUUCCUUUCCGCUCCGGCGCUACGAGGCAGUUACUAAAACCAUACGCCUAGAGGAAUGGGAAGUGCUCGCUAGUUAUGAAGAUAUUACCGAAUUGAUUAGCUAUGAUUUCUGUGCGAUGCAUUCUAUCGAGCAUGACUGUAUUCGCGAUCGGAUUACCACAUUCGUAACUCGCUUCAAAGACGUUUACCAUGGUUAUAAGAUGUUAGUAGAUGACGACAAGUGGCUGUCGACGGCUCUUUUUUCUACAUUCGGCAACCAUUUUGAAAUUUGCGAUAAUUCGAUUUUCCUGGCAUUUUACACGUUGCCAUUGAUAUUGCGACAACGUUCUAUCCCAAUGUGUAAAACACGAAUUAAACCAUCACUGAAAUUGUGUCGAGAUGCGUUUAUAGUUUUGUUGGAGACAGAAGCUGGAAUAACCGAAGUAAUCGCACAACACAAGCAAACAUUUCAUCAGGAGGAAACAGGAACGUUGUUGCCACCGUUUAUUAUCGCUGUUGGAAAUACUAGAUCUCAUAAGGUCAAUGAAUAUUUUGUUAUCCUAGAUAGCACAAUUUUCAAAUGCAAAACCGCUGUAGACGCAGUGGAUCUUCUGUUUAAGCUGUACGUCGUUUUCCACAUUGAGUAUGCGUAUGGUUGUGCAAGUGUGUUGAGGUUCAUUCAGCAGCAUUUUUAUAAUUUGAUUCAUGAAGGGACUCGACAGGAUGCUAGUGUUGCAGCAUUAAUAACAGAUUUGAAUCGAAGUCUGAACUAAGUUGAUAUUAUUAUCAUGAAAUACAGUAACAAAGUACUAAUGAAA